AUGGUUCCACACAACGCAUCUGAUACGACUGAUGUUCCCAAGACAACAGACGAUCCCAAUACAAUGCCAUCCGAUACAACUGAUGUUCCCAAUACAACAGAUGAUUCCGAAAAAACAAAUCCAACGGGGGGGAGCCCCAAAACGACUGCGGCUAAUAAUCCUACACGCAUUGUCACAGACACGCCUACAGAUCAAUCUUCGGAGACGACACCCGCAGCAACAACUUUGGUGCCACCUUCUACGACUAGUUCAGGUUAUUCCCGAUUUGUCACUUCGAAGUACCUUCUUCCGUUACUAAUGAUAGUUAUUGCAUUGAAUAAUGAUCAGUUUAACCGAUAA